GUUUAUAAUAACCUCUUGAAUUUACCAGCCGCACACACUGAUCAUGGCGGCGACCGUAGGUAGUGGAAAUGCCCCUGUGUCGGACACUCAACCCUCAACCUCGGCCGAUAGGAGCUAUGAAGGUUCAACAUUUCAGUACAGCAUGGUCCUGGAGCACCUCAUCGGGGAGAAGAGGCCAAUUAAGGAUCUGAAUCCGACCGUUAUGGGGGGUCUUCCCAAUCCCAUGAAAACCGACGACCAGAAGAUGAUCGAACAGGGAAUGGAGAGCUGUGCCUUCAAGGCCGUGUUGGCCUGUGUUGGAGGGUUUGUUCUUGGGGGAGCGUUUGGUGUGUUCACGGCUGGUAUAGACACCAACGUGGGAUUUGACCCCAAAGACCCCAUGAGAACACCCACGGCCAGAGAGGUUCUCAAAGACAUGGGCCAGAGGGGAAUGUCCUACGCCAAAAACUUUGCUGUUAUUGGGGCAAUGUUCUCCUGCACAGAGUGCAUCAUUGAAUCGCACAGGGGAAAGUCAGACUGGAAGAACGCUGUCUACAGUGGUUGUGUUACUGGGGGAGCAAUAGGAUUUCGAGCUGGGGCGAAGGCUGGCGUGCUGGGAUGUGGAGGUUUCGCUGCCUUCUCUGCUGCCAUUGAGUACUAUCUUCGAUGAAAACCACCUUCUAUACCUUUGAACUCUUGUUGAGGGAUCACUGUCCCUCUGGACCAGAAACAGACUUUAUACCUCGUGGAGAGAAAAAACAUCCCUGAUAACACUGCUCUGCAGAUGGAGCAUUUUAUCAUGAGGAUUAUCUACACUUGGACAAUUCCACGUUUGACCUUUUGUUGACUGUAUCCUGUGCACUGUAUUUACAGUGUCAUACAGGGUGGGCCAGUCCAGGCUUAUGUGGCCCACUUGUUAUGCUGGCUUUGCCUUUAUCUAAAAAGUUAAGUCAUUGAGAUGAACCUCUAAUCAGUGUCAGUCCAUAUUUUUUGGUUGUAGUCGAGAGCUGGCUAUUCUCUCGUUUAGUUUUUGUGGGUAAAAUAAAGCCUGGUGAAAUUAAGUCCGAGUCCAUCAAAAAGUUUGAAUCCAAGUCAAUGGCCGCAUUUGAGUGGUAAGGACAAAAGUCGAAGGUGCAUAAGCAACAGCCGAAAGUCGGAUACUGUGGUUUGCUACAGCAGCGCUCAGUUCAACAUGGCAAUGUUGUCAUUGUUUAUAAAAGGUUUUCAUUGUUAUGUAGAAAUAAACAUGUCUCCAACACACAUAACACACAAUAUGGAAUCAUGUGUGUACAUUAUUAAAUCACAUUUAUUUGUAUAUUACUGUA